AUGAAGACCAUUGUAUGUGCAAAUGAAAUAUCAAAUGUAUCAUUGCUUCUUAGUAAACUGAGCAAACAUUUUAAAACUAACUAUCCUCAUUUGCAAGAUAAUUCUACAAAUUAUUUCAAGACAUUGUCUGAAAGGCGAACUAAAGUGGCAAGUUCUUUCAUAAAUGAAAUGACUGUCUCUGAGAAAGCUCAAAUCACCCCCUACCAAGUCUCAGAACUGAUAGCAGAAAGUAUGAUACCUCAUACUAUAGGCAAGUCACUCAUUUCGCCUGUGUGCAAAAAAGUAAUCUCGACAAUGCUUGGGAAUCAAGCAGCAAACGAAAUAAGCAAGAUUCCACUGUCCAACGAUACAGUUCACAGGCGCAAUUUAGAAAUGUCUUCUGAUAUCGAGAAAAAUGUAUGUAGUAAUAAAUUUAAGUAUUCACCUUUUGCAUUGCAAGUUGAUGAGUCAACAGACAUCACCAACAAGGCGCAACUCUUAGCAUUCAUUCGAUUUAUCCAUGAAGAUCAAAUAGUAAAUCAGUUUCUUUUUUGCAAAGAAUUAAUUGCCACUACAAAAGGACAGGGCGUUAUCAACAUUCUGAAUACAUACUUUGAUAACUGGCAGUUAUCAUGGAAAUUAUGUGUGGGUAUUUGUACAGAUGGAGCCCCUUCCGUGGUAAGCUGUGUUAAGGGUCUUACAGCUUUUGUAAAAAAACUAAAUUAA